AUCUCCCACAAGAGCUAAAAGGAGACUCAUAAUCAACGAAAGUUAUUGGUAUACUUCAGGCCAUUCAAUUUCCACCGCAUCACUAAAUCAAAUUUAGCAUAUCGAUCAAGAGGAAUAAGUUCCUUAGCAAGAUAAGGAUUCAACUUUUCUUGUUCUUUUUCCUCUGACUUAGAAUGAACUCAAAAUCAAGAUCAUUGCCAGAAAUAGAUGUUGCAGUACCAGAAGAUUCAUUUGCAGAACCAUAAUUAUUUCAGUUGUGGUUUGAUAAUAAAAAAUCAAGCAACAAAUCAUUUGUUUGAUACUGUCAGCCACAAAGUCAGUAUAAGUGUUGCCAAACUUAGCAGCAAAAAUACUCAAUGACAUGCAGCUUGUACCUAGGAUGCAAAACAACCGAAACUGCCAGACCAAAUGUAUAUAUUCUCAGUAUUUGGUGAAUUUCAACCACAUGUUUCCAGCCAUGCCAUAAAUUAGAGGAUUAGGAUCAACACAUCACUCAAUCAAUUUCAAUAACAUAUCACAAAUAAUGCCAUCCAGUACACAACACUCUCCCUAAUCCAUUCAAUGCCAUCCUUUCUAACGUCCAAACAAUCUCUAAUAAUUAGGUUAAGUACAUGAAUAUAACACCUCAUGUGAAUCAGCUUACCAUCCAACUACAAAUCAUUUAGAACAAGUUGAUGUUUCAGUUGGGAAAUCUUGGAAUCAUUAGUGGUGUAGUUGUCCAAAGUGAUCGAGGACAACUUCUCUUCCACAUUCCAAUCCAGAAGACACCGAGACAAUCUAUCAGCCAACAUAUGACAGGUAGGAGGGGCAUGGACAUACAAAACCUUAACAUCAUGUUUCUAAACAUCUGGUAGCAACUGCCAUAUAAACCCUCUUCUGAUUUCUUGCAGUCCAUAAAUAACUAUUCCCUACAAUUCUUACCAGAUUACCAUAAAGGACAAAAUAUCCUUCUUCACUGUAUUUCUAUAAGGCAAAAUGAACUUAGGUUGCAAAGAAGAAACAAAAUGUUUGAACCUAAAAUGUUCAACAAUGCUAAGAUGAUAUUCACGGACCAAAAUCAAUGAACACAACUCCUUCAUAGAGACUUCAAAUUUGAACAGAGUAGCGCACAUUUGGGUUUUCCUGGUUGCUUUGUAAUUAGGAGUAAGAAUUGUUUGAGUGCCAUCAUUUAUGUUUUUUUUAUACAGGUUUAGACAUGGUUCCUGAGGUGUGAGGUUCCAUUACAAGUAUCACCACCAAUAGUUUCCAACAAUACCUACACCUCACAUUAAUAACCCCAUUAAGCUUAAUCUUAAUGUAGUGAGGCCCGAUAUCAUAAGUGAAUUUACAUUCUUCAAGAAUCACUUCAACAUUUUCAUUUCUGUUACCAUUACCAUUAGGCAAGUUACCAUAAGGAACAAGUUGUUGAGGUUGGUUAUUCUGAGAAGUAGGUUCAGGAGAAAGAGUAGCAUUAACAAUAAUUUCAGAUGCACCAUCCAUUUGAAUAUAAGCAAGAGUGUAAAAGAAUCAAAUGAGUGUAUGAAUGUACUGUAAAAUUUGUAGGUUUAAGGAUUUAAAGUCCUGGUCUUAUAGAUUUGAAUUGUGAGAUGGACAAAUUAAGAUACUAAUCUCAAUUAUAAAAAAAAUUAAGAACAUUCCAGGGGCUUCAUAAGUUAUUCCUUCAUCUCCUAACUCGAAUAUUGGAGAUAAUCAAAGUCCUUUAUAAUUCACUUACCCAAGCCGUUUGGUAAUUUAUUUUGACAAAUUCUAAUUUUAGUAAUUUUGUUUGUUUGAGCUUUUCAGUUUCUUAUCCGCCAUUAGUUCGCCAUCUGUAGUCUAGACAACUGUCAAUAGAAACCCCCCCCCCCUCUCCAGUCUCCACACUCCAGAUUCUUGGUUAGCCUAGGUUUUUUUUGUUGUUGUAUGUAUUAGGUCUUAGGGACAAGAGUGCAUAGCCGAGGUGCGCACAUGGCCGAGACUUCUCGGUCGAGUGCACUUUUAUAGGUCAAGGUUGGUGACAUUAAAAUUGAAUGAAUAAAUAAAAACAUAAAAUAAUUUAAUUUUUGGAUUAUCAAGAUAAUGAUGAAGCCCCAGUAUCAUCAAAUUGAAGCUCAGAGCAAUAUUUUUAUUAUUAUUUUGCAUGCUGCUCUUUGCCGAAUUUUAUGGUGAUAGUAGGCUGUGAUUUGUCAGUAAGGAGGAUAAUGAUGAUGUAUCUAGACUAUAGGAACAAUAAUCAAUGGAAAGAGCGCUUUAGCGAACACAAUUUCCUCAUUAGGAAAGUGAAUAUAAAAAGCCUUUAGGGAUUGUUCACAUACCAUUGCCUCCAUACUAAUAAUAGUUGAUAGACCUUCUACCAACUCAAUCUCUAUCAGAAUUAGCACCAAAUCUUAGAGAUAAUCUUAGUGUACAAUUUUUUGUUUAUCUAUACUCUGCAAAAAAUGUUAAUCAAAGCAUCCUUUAGUUUACCAAGAUAUACCAUGGUGAUACAGAUAAUUAUAUUAUGAUGAUAGGAAAAUAUAACAUGAUGGUAUGGAAUAAACCAUAGUAUUAAGAUGGUGGUAGGCAGUGGUACAAUUGGUUCGAUACUUUCUUUAUUCAACUUAAUAAAAAAUUAUAUUAUUUUGUAGAUCACUAUUAUUCUAUUUAUUGUAUACAAAUUGUCAAAAUCCAAUUCAAAAAGCGAGAUAAAGAAAAAUGUUCUUUAAUUUCAACCAUUAAAUCUAGGGUUAAUAUAUUUGUAUGACCUAAACUUUGACCAAAAUAAACAUCAUGACCAAUCUUUUCGAUCUAUAACAUCUUGGCUCAAACUAUACAUCAAAAUAACUAAAUUGGCCAAACUCGCCGUUUGACCGUUAACUUGGAUGGUCAACGCACCAUGUCACUUCCUAAUCAGCAAAUAAACACUUAAAAUAUUUACAAUUUCCACAUAUUCCCUAAUUUUAAAAUAUUAUCAGUUAAAUUUUAAAAAAUAUAUGAAAUUAACAACAACAAAAACAUUACAAUAACAAUCCUCAAGCUCCAUUGCAGAUUUUUAUGAUUCGUCAUCAUCGUCAUCCAUCGACCGCCAUUGUCAUCGUCCAUUACCUGUUCCUCGUCAUCGUUGAAUAUUGCAAGCUUGAGGGUUGCACCACCCUCCCUGACUUCUCUAUUCCUCGACCACUAGAGAAAUUGCAAAGGCGCCCAGCUGCAAUGGAGCUUCUUCUUGUUUCGCCAGAGUGUCAAGAUCAGAGAUUCAGAUCUGAAGCUGUCAUGAAGAAGGCCGACAGAAGGAGACCUGCUUCGCUAGAUUUUCACAAUGUCGUCCUCGCUUCCUCGUCGCGGUUAGCUCCCGCCGUGAAAAGACCUCGCUCUCAUCGUCACGCAAGUCUGGGUCAUGGAUAGGAGACACAGAUUAGGGAUAAGAGAGUUCUCCCCGCCUUCGUCGUUGACUACUAGGUUGGAUUGGGGAUAGGAGACAUUUCCCCGCCUCGGGCGUCUACCAUUGGAUCGAAUUGGGAAGAGAACGAGCUUUAUUUCAGAAUCGGAAGGAAGGGGAUUUGGCAGGGGAGAUUUCUUUUUUCUUCUUGUUUUCUUCAGCAGCAGCUGCAAUGGUAGAGAUUUGAUGUCACUACCCGCUGGGUUUAAUUUAGGACAGUGGUUACCAAAGGAUUAUGUGAAGAAACAGCGGAGGAAAGGGGAGAUGUCGGCGCGGCCACGUUGUCGAAAGCCAUCCAGCCGGUGAAUGCGCAGGAAAAAGUAUCCAUCGGGUAGUUUGUGUUGCUUUUCUGAAUUUUUAAUUAUUAUUUUUUUUUAACUUAGUUGUAAUAAUUAAAAAAUGGAAAUUAUGUGGCUUUUCUCAAAUUUUUAAGUUUUUUUUAUGUUGAUAGGGCAGUGACGUGGUGCGUUUGACGUCCAAGUUAAUGGUCAAACGACGGGUUUGGCCAAUUUAGUUAUUUUGAUGUAUAGUUUGGGCCAGGAUGUUAUAUAUCAAAAAGAUUGGUCAGGUUGUUUAUUUUGGUAAAAGUUCAGGCCAUACAAAUAUAUUAAUCCUUAAAUCUAUAUAUCUAUCUCAAAAUUCAUAAUCAUAUUUCAUUUCACACAAAUCCAUAAUAAAAGGCUAUGCAUUUCAUCGUUUAAUAAGACACCCGAACAAAGUACUCAUAAAGUUUUAAGAAAAAUGUGAAAAGGAGACAACUACAGGAACAAAGUAUGGAGAGAGAAGACACAAAAAGAUAGAGGGAAGAAAGCUUUAUUAUUCAUGUAUAUUGUUGGUACAAUGUGUGCUCUAUUUACAUGCAAAAAUAUAUACAACAUACAACUCCAUCAUCAAUGUUAUAAUGAAGACUAAUGAGCAAUUAAGCAUAAAUUGAAAUAUGAAGUGAUGGGUUACAUAUAACACCCAUUUAUGCACUAAUGUGGUCAUCCAUACAAUCAAUGUUUGCAUGACAAUAACAAAUUAUUACAACACUUUUUAUAUAUUGUACAUGUACAAGUAGUACCAGACCUAUAAUUUGGAAUAUUUUAGAAACUUAUCAAACAUAAAUUAAUAUUUAAAUUCAAAUAACUUUCAUAAUCAUAAUCACAAGAGACUAACCUAGCAGUAAUAAGAAAAUAAAAAGAUUCACCACACUCUGAGUAAACUUCGAAGCAAACAACAACAACAAAAAAGUUCACUACAUAGAAGUCCCGCAAUAUGCUUUCACCAUAUUGGUAUCGCCCUUAUUCUGAGAGUUGUUCUUAACAUAGAAGUCAAGAAGACCUUGAUUGUAGAAUGGCUUGUACAUCAAUGGAUGAUCUUCAUCCACAAGCUCUUCAGGAGCUAUAACGAUCGCAGUCAGGAAUGAAAAUAGUCCCACUGCAUAUCUUACCUCUUCUCCCUCGACCAUUACUCGAUGGUAGCAUGAUUUGAUUCUGUCAUUGCUCCAUGCCUAUUUAUUCUUCCACACAAACAAUAAUACAAAUCAAUUAAUUCUCACAGUAAUAAGUUAAAAAAAUAAAU